AUGUAUCGACAACAACAACAACAACCCCGUACAGAAACUCGGCUUCAGACUCCACUCCAGAUACUCCCGGCGAUGCUCCAUGCAGUGGUAACCUCCCCUCCUCCCCCUCAACAUACAAACACUCUCCAGAAAAACCCUGACUAACAGGAGAGGGGUGGGGAAAAAAAAAUAACAGUUCAUUCAAACCGCCGACGUCUUCAAUACCCCCGCGAGACAACAGCCUGGUGCUGUAAUGUACACGAACGCCCAAGUACGCGCCAGUAUACCAAUCUGCAAUGAACGCUUCCAAUACGCUCUCGACCAACUAGAGAUGGAAAUCGUAACCUUCCACCACCACCCUACCACCCUACUCUGCCCCCCGCUAACUUUUUUUUCCCCCCCCUAGCUAACGGCCAAAGCCGCCCUUCGCCGCGACCUGACGGCCCUCCGCACGGCAGCGCAAGCGCGCGAGGAAGCGCGCCUGGCGGCGGAACGCGCGAGAUUGGAGGAGCAGCGGAGGAGGGAGGCGGAGAUUGCGGCGCGGAAGGAGGCGGAGGAGCGCGCGAGGAGGGAGAAGGAGCGGAAGGAGGAGGAGGAGAGGAAGCGACGUCAGGAGGCCGAGGAGAGGGAGCGGGAGAGGGCCAGGAGGGCCGAGGAGGAGGCGUUGGCCGCGAAGAGGAUCGCCGCUAGUCAGAAUGCUGGGACGGUGGCGCUGGGAGGUGCGGCGGGGUACAAUCCCCACUAUGGCCAGGUUGAUGAUGACAAGGAGAAGGAAAACCCUGCACCCCUACCUCCCGGUUCGGCCAACGCUUCUUCCCCCUCUCCCGGUGGCGCUGCUGCUGCUGGCGCUACAGCUUCUGGUGGUAGUGGUGGGGAUAGCUUCCAUGACUUUAUGGCCUCGGUGGCCGCUGGCGGGUAUAUCGACGGUGGCCAACCGAUGCAUUUCAUGGACGACUUUCUUGGGGAGUUUGGCGACUCCAUGUUUACUGGAACUUAG